CUACAACUGUGUGUCCUUCCCGGGGAGCCUGGCCAGAGGGACCCAGGGAACCUCCAGGAUGAAAACCUUUGAAGAAUUUCCCAUGACCCCAACAACCUACAAGGCCUCGGCAGAUAACCAGACGGACAGCGGGAUGGUGCUGGCCUCCGAGGAGUUUGAGCAGCUGGAGAGCAGGCACCGACCGGAGGGCGGGCUCAGCAGCUGUAAAGGACCCGGCUGGAGCGCGGAGGUGACCGGGGCGCACCCGGACCCCCAGGGGCGGCGGCGGCGGCCUGACCGGGGCGCCCCGGGAGGCCAGGUGUUCUACAACAGCGAGUACGGGGAGCUGGCCGGGCCCCGCGGCGGGGGCGACUGCACCCCACUGGCCCGCGCGCCCUUCUUCGCCGACAGCAGCUACUGAGGAGGCUCGGCAAGGCCCCCGCCCGGGGUGCCCGCAGCUGGCGGAGGAUUGGAGCUCCAGGCUGGGAACUCAUCUCCUUUGGUUCGGCCAGGAGGCCUUUUCUCCACCUUGUCAGCCCCCCCUCUAGCCAUGAAGAGCAAAACCCAGGUCCAGGGCUCCCCGACCUCCAUCACCACCCCUGCCCAGGACUUCCCCGGGGUCCCCUCGGGCCCCUCUCCCUUCAGAUCAGAUUCCAUGUAGCUAACAUCCCCAGGGCCCAGCCUGGGCCCCGCACUCCCAGGAGAAUGCCCCUUUGCUGGCCUCCCCCCACGACGGUGGGUGGUAGCGGGACCCCCAUUUUCUGAGGAGGAAUGUGAGGGUCUGACAGUCACAGGGGCUGCAGGUGAAGCCAGGCUUGGCUGCAGCCUCCCGGCCCCGCCUCACUCGCUGCUCCUCCACGCAGCCCCUCCCCGGGGAAGGCCUUUCUUCCCUUGUCGCCCCCGGGCUGAGGGGAGGGUGCCAGACCCCAUCCCAGAGCACAAAGAGGAACUGAGGCAGGGAGCUCCUCCCUGAGCCCCGCCAGCCACCCCUCGGGCAGCUGUCCCUGCUGCGGCCAUCACAACGCACCCUCCCCCGAGUGCGGGACCGAUUCUGCGGAUCUUUUUCAUUAGAACUUCAGAAACCGAGCUGCUAUGAAGAAUUUACUUUUUCAAAACUUCAGUCUGAGGGGAGCAAGUUCUCUCUGAAUCUAGAGGAUCCUGGCCCCUGUC